AUGUCGCUCACGGGCGAGACGACGUCGCUUGACGACAUCUUGUCGUCGACAUUGAUGAUGACCAUCACGAAGAUGAUUCGAGACCGGACAGGCCAGUCUGUCUCCACGCAGCGCAUGAUCUAUGCCGGCAAACAAUUGUGGGAUGAGAAGGCCUUGCUGGACGACAACAUCAAAGCCGGUUGCACGUUGCACAUCGUGAAGCGGCUGCGAGGCGGCGGCAUGGCGGCCAUGUUCACUGACGUCACCAACGACAACGCCAUGCGUUCCACCGCCUUCUCGUCGUCGGCGCCGAGCUGGCGUGACUGA